UGACACACAGAUCGGCAGACUGACUGGCACACUACACUGAACGAGAAAAGGCAAGGUUUUCAUUUGGAACGCUGCCUCGUCCGGAGAAGGAUCCCAAAAGAAGAAGUUGCUGAUUUUGACUUGACCCUAAGUAUAUUCCGAAUGAUGAGCUCCUGGAACCACCUUAAGCCGUGCUAUUAAUAGACCCGUGCCAUUCACAUUGCCUCUGAAUUCCCAUUCAUAUGUAAAAACCAUUCAUAUUCAGGUCGGUUCUCUUAGACAUGAUAAUGAUGGUGCCGUCUCCCCAGUUCCAACGCCGAGGCCCACGAUCGAAUUGGAGUAGUGUUGGCUUGCAUUUUCCUCACACAAAGGCCGGACAUUGAUGCUUCCAGUAACCAUCCUGCCUCCAAGGAACCAACACGAUGCCUCGAGUGUCCAUCCGUCGGGUAUUCAUGUAUCUUUUGGCCAUUGCCACAGUGGUUUUGGUGAGCUUGAAUGUUCAUCAGACCCUGAUGGGACACAAUGCUUGGCCGGCUUUGUCUGGGGCCGGUGUUUCCAGCUCAGGGCCGGGGGGAACAGGCUCAAGGUUGGUCGCCAUGUGGGCUCGACAGGGUAGAGGGGCCAAUGCAGUGGAAGUCAAAACGGACAUCCUCUUGGGGCAUGAAGGAACAGUGAGUGGGAUCAUCAAGCAGGACCAUUCCGAACCGGUGAACACGAGUGAGGCAUUAACGCUUCAAAUCAAGCCCUGGCAUUCCGGACGCAAGUUGGAUCUGAGUCCACUUGAUCCAAGUGAUAUUUCCAUACCCGAGCCCCAUGAACGGCCUUGGUUCAUGUCUGGCGGCAAGGUUCAGCCCACACAGUGCGUGAUUGAUCCGGUCACCCAAAAGCGAGCGGCCACCAUUCUGCCGGAGGACGCCAACACCUCUAAUGAUCGAAUUCUGGACCAACUCAUGUUCUAUCCACCAAAUGGAUAUAUCCCUGAGAAUCUCCAGGACACAUCCAUACCCCUCAAGAAGAUUCUCCUGUGGAACGGGAUCAGCUCUUGGGGCGGGACCCGUCCUGGACGAGGGGUCUUCUUGAAGCAAGAAUGUCCCGUGAACUCAUGCGCGAUCACAACGUCGCGGACGGACUCGUUGAAUGCCGAUUUGGUUCUAUUCAAAGACCAUUUCACCAUGCCAACGUACCAACGACCAUUGAACCAGUUGUGGAUGAUGUACAUGCUUGAAUGCCCUCUCCACACCCAAAUGUUCAAAAGCAAGGACGUGUUUAAUUGGACCUCCACGUACCGUUCUGACUCAACCAUUGUGGCUCCUUACGAGCGAUGGUUGUACCACAACGAAAACGUCCGGGCCCAAGUUCAGCCCAAGAACUAUGCCGCCAAUAAAACGAAGACGGUAGCCUGGUUUGUCUCGAAUUGUGGGGCUCGGAAUGGUCGUCUCGAUUAUGCCAAACAACUUCAGAAAUAUAUUCAAGUCGACAUUUAUGGGAGUUGCGGCUCGAAACGAUGUCCCCGCUCUCAAUCCAAGAAUUGCUUCGAAAUGCUCAACAAACAGUACAAGUUCUAUUUGGCCUUUGAGAACUCUAACUGUCAGGAUUAUAUCACGGAGAAGUUCUUCGUUAACGGUCUCGGGCAUGACAUCCUGCCCAUUGUGAUGGGUGCCAGACCCCAAGACUACCAAAGAAGCUCACCCGAGCAUUCCUUCAUUCACGUGGACGACUUUGACGGACCCGAGAAGUUGGCUGAAUAUCUUCACAAAUUAGAUCAAAAUGACGAUCUCUACAACGAGUACUUCCAAUGGAAGGGCACUGGUGAAUUCAUCAACACCAAGUUCUUUUGCCGGGUGUGUGCUAUGCUCCAUGACCCGAAAAUAGUGGACCACCAAGCGGAGCAGCCUUACUACAAGGAUAUUAAUGAAUGGUGGCGAGGACCUGGCACCUGCAUCAAUGGAUCAUGGCGAAAGUUCUACGAGGCUUUGGAGCGUGACGCACAAUCCAAACGCCAAGAGAGCCAAAAGCAACGCAAGAUCCAGCAAGCAGACAAGGAGAAGCAAAAGGAGCGAGCACCUCUUUUGGCGGAAGAAGUACCCCAAAUAGUUGAAGCUCAAGUCCUGGAGACCAAAUUAGACCAAGAGAAUCGGGCUCAAUAACACCCCUCCCAAUCCCGAUGUGGAGUGUCAAUGAACUAAUGCUUGUAAACUGUGAUCCUGUUUCCCGGUCAGUCCUUGGGGACACCUAGAACAGACUGUAUUGGUGUCAGUACACUGAGAUUUAACCUACCGACACUCUGACUGAGAAUGAGCUCUGUUGAGGGCCUCAUAGAGUUCAGUGAAUAUGCAUUCAGGCGAUGUAUGAAGCCACAACUGUGAUUGAUUCUAGUUUUCCUAGUAUAGAUACGCAUAGCACUCACAUUAAUAGCAACAAUUCUGCUGAGAUUCCGAUUGUUCCUUGUUUUGUUAUUCAUUCUGAAUUUGAUUACUCCGCCACAAUGCUUGUGGCAUAAGCAGUAAUUGGCAAAAGAAUCAUUCCUUUCUACUUGUGUGAUAUCACUCAUUGUUUUAUAUUAUUUUAGCACAAUUCAUAGAUUGAAAGUCAGACUCAUGCUAGAGUUUGAUGGCUUUUAUGUUAUGAUCAUGCCCUACUCAUUUCCAUUGAGUCCUUGUUUGUUGUUAUCCACUCAAGGUGAACAUUAUAAAUUCCGAAUAAGAAAAUAUAAAUCUUAGAAAAAUUA